AAGUGUACUUCUCCCAGUGCGCAGCUUUCGCCUCUCUCUCUCUCUCUCUCUCCAUUUUCCGAAAGAGGAAGCAAGAAUCCUCGUUCUCGGUGCGUCGUGUCGUAAAAUCCGCUCCAGAGAAAGCAAGCAAUCAAUGCGGAAAGGGAUCAGAACCCAAAGCUUUCGCCGGAGGACGCUUAAACCUGUUCCUUUGCCGCAGGAGCUUCAGGAGUAGAGUAGAUUCCUGAGAAGAAAAACAAGUCGCGGUUCCCAAGCUCUCCUUCCUUGAUCGACAGAUAAGCUUUGUUUAGUUGGCUGGUGCUGUGUCAAAAUGAGAGAAGAGAUUUUAUCCAAUGCUGCAACGAAGCUUGGCAAGUUCUCUGAGCACAAUCAAAAUAUGGUCACCAAUGUAAGGUCGAGUGUGAACUUUGUAAAAACAAAAUCGACUUCCUCAUGGGGAUCGCAUUUUGUUAAAGGCUUCACUACGGAGAAGAAAACAAAGCAGCAAACAUCAAUUCUCAACAAGAAACAAUCUGCUGUUAACGUGGAAAUUUCAAGUCAGAAGAGCCAUCAUGUAUCGUACCAUUCUCGGGUCAAACGAUCACUUGUUGGUGACUUCCCUUGCUCGGCUAAUGUUGCUCAGGUUCAUCCGCAUGUGUUUGAUAGCAAUCGGACAAACUCCACUGCUUCUCACGAUCUAUUUCUAGAGUUAGAUCACUUGAGAGAACUCCUUCGAGAGUCUAAAGAAAGAGAAUCCACAUUGCAGUCUGAGCUGAAACAGUACAAAGAAAAUCCUAGAGUUUUGGAGCUCGAGAAAGAAGUUGAUGCAAAGAGAAUAGAGGUUGAAAAGCUCACAAGCAAAAUAAACUCUUUAGAAACAGAAAAUAUAAGCCUCUUAGAACAGUUGUCCUCUUUUUCCUCAAUCUCACAAAGUUCUGAUGGAAGCUUCAAGUUAGAAGGAUAUGACAACCAAACUACUGACUCAAGUUCACCGAUAAAUACACAAUCAUAUAAGAAUUUAGAAAUUGAAGUUGUUGAAUUACGAAGGCUGACUAAGGAGCUUCAGUUUCAAAAGAGAAAUCUAGCGUUCAGGCUCUCCUCAGCUGAAUCCCAGCUUGCUGCCCUUGCAAAGGUUACUGAGGUAAGUGACGUACUGGCAAAGGUUCAAGCUGAGGCCCUGGUGCUGAAACACACAAAUGAGAGUCUGUGCAAACAAGUUGAGGGUCUGCAGAUGAGUAGGCUCAAUGAGGUCGAGGAACUUGCUUACCUUCGUUGGGUCAACUCAUGCUUACGCCAUGAACUUAGCAACUCAGAUAAAGCAUCCACUCAGAACUAUAAUUUAGAUUGUGGUUUCACCUGUCCCAGUGAUGACAGAGUCAUUGCAAAAGGUGCUGAUCUUCAAAAUUUGCCAUGUUCCCCAAGCAAACGUGUAGCUGUUGAAGUGUGUAAUGCUAACCAAGUUGGCCUUGUAAAGAGGCUUGUGAAAUGGUCUGAAAAUUAUGAAGAGCAACAAAAUGUAGAUUGUGUCAAUCUACUUGACAAAGAUUGGAUAGAGACAAAAGAAGGGAGAUGCACUGAUCGCAGACAUUCAAUAAGUGGACCAAAGGGAAUAGUUGAAGGCAUAACUAUUAAUAAGAGAAGGCAAUCUGACAGCUUUGUUUUUUCUAAUAAACUGCAUGAUCGGACAUGCAUUCCUGGAGAUUUCGAUGCAACACAAAAGUAUAAUCUUUGUACUGUUCAAAGUCCAAGAUUCUCUACAAACAAACCUGAUACUUGCAAGAGUGCAUCCCUGGAUGUCGAAAAGCGUGCUCUCAGAAUACCAAAUCCUCCUCCAAGACCUUCCUCAUCUGUUUGUACUGUAGUGAAGGUUGAUGGAUCCAUCCCAUUGCCGCCGCCGCCACCACCUCCCCCUCCACCACCACCAGCGUUUUGCAAGCCCUCUACAAGAAAGACUGGGAUAGUGCAGAGAGUCCCACAGGUGGCAGAGCUAUAUCAUUCACUCAUGAGAAGGGACUCCAAGAAGGAUUCAUCUGGUGGAGGAAUUUGUGAUGUGCUUAGUGUUGCAAACGUUCGCAGUAGCAUGAUUGGUGAAAUAGAGAACCGGUCUUCCCAUUUGCUAGCUAUAAAAGCUGAUGUUGAAACUCAAGGUGAAUUUGUGAGAUCUCUAAUCAAGGAAGUUAAUGAUGCUGUGUAUCAUGAUAUUGAAGAUGUUUUUGCUUUUGUGAAGUGGCUUGAUGAUGAACUAUGCUUUCUUGUUGAUGAGCGGGCAGUUCUGAAGCAUUUUGAUUGGCCGGAGAAGAAAGCUGAUACACUUCGAGAAGCAGCUUUUGGAUAUCAGGAUCUGAAAAAAUUAGAGCAUGAAAUUUCAAACUUUAAAGAUGAUGCUUGUCUUCCUUGUGAUAUUGCGCUAAAAAAAAUGGUCAGAUUAUCUGAAAAGAUGGAGAGGAACAUUUAUGAUCUUCUUCGUUCAAGAGAUGUGUUGGUACGCAAUUGCAAAGAAUUUCAUAUCCCAACAGAUUGGAUUAUGGAUAGUGGUAUUAUUAACAAGAUAAAAUUUGGAUCGGUGAAAUUAGCCAAGAUGUAUAUAAAAAGAGUAGCUACUGAGCUUCAAGUGAUGGGAGUCAUGAACAAAGACCCUGCACUAGAGUAUAUGCUUCUUCAGGGUGUCAGAUUUUCUUUCAGAAUUCAUCAGUUUGCCGGAGGGUUUGAUCCAGAAACUAUGGAUGCUUUUGAGGAGCUACAAAAUCUUGCACAUGUUAGAAAACAAGUGUAGGGGAAAACAUAAAGUGUAAUAUGCUUACUUUCUUGGUAAGCACAAAAAAUGGAUUGUUGACAUUGUAUUUUGUCUUGCAUUUUCUUGUGCUGCUUGGUUUUGAGAGGUGGUGUGCUUUUUAGUGAUUAUAAUAGGAGUAUCAAACUAUAUAAAGUGUUUUAAGGAAGUUGAAACCAAGUUUAGAUUAUAGUUUUGUUUUGAAAUGUACAAGUGAAAUUGUAAUGUUACGAAACCUUUGGAUUGAAUUGUCUGGAAUAGGUGAGCCAGCAAA